AGGGCAGCAUGUGCGGCACUCUGCACUGCCCUCGCACGCGCACAAUAGGGCCCAUGCAGACUAUAUAGCCUGACCCCAAUCUCACGACUUAUUUACAAGAAUCGCAAGGAUGCGAGGGUGGAAAACGUUUGUGUUGCCUCUCCUGGCUGCAUUGCGCGUGUCCGCGCAUGGCUAUGUCAGCAGGGUGGUGAUUGACGGGGUUGUAUAUGCGGGGAAUGAGCCCAACGACAAUACAGGCUCGAGUCCCAUCCGUAUGAUAUCCACUAUAGACCCGGUGAAGGGCGCGAACAACUUGUACCUCAACUGUGGCCAAGAGGCCCAGGCCGCGGCGAUCACUGCACCCGCUAAGCCCGGCAGCAGUGUUACGUUCCAAUGGUCUGGAGCACCUGGCGGCGGUGACAACUGGCCACAUAACGUCGGCCCACUUAUGACUUACAUGACACAAUGUACAACGACCAACUGCGCUGCAUUCGAUUCAUCCUCCGCCGAGUGGUUCAAGAUCGACGAGCUUGGGAUGAACUCGUCGAAUGCUUGGUUCCAGGGCUACCUCACUCAAGGCGACUCGUAUACUGUCACACUUCCCACAAGUAUCAAGUCUGGAGGGUAUCUCAUCCGCCAUGAACUCAUCGCUCUCCACCAAGCCGUCUCUAUCGGAGGUGCAGAGUUCUAUCCGUCGUGUACUCAAGUGCUCAUCAGCGGGAGUGGCGACGGCACUCCAAGCAGUGGCGAGAUGUGCACCUUCCCCGGCGGCUACUCCGACACUGACCCAGGGAUCUACGUGCCAGACAUCUACAACGGUGGCCUGGACUACGUUUUCCCCGGGCCCAAUCUCUCCCAUUUGGCGUCUGCGGGUGAUGGGAUGAUCACGGCGAAAGUGCCAGGGGGUGAUGCGCCCCCGACUGGCUCGACGAUCGCGACUAGCACUGCUUCCGUCCCAGUUGUGGCGGUCCCCUCAGGCGCUGGUGGGAGUAGCGGCUCCUCCUCCCCGGACUCGGGCUCUGGCUCUGGCUCUGGGGAUUCGUCAGGCACGUCCGUGGCCGCGAUGCCGACGGCUGGUGCGGGCUCUGCCGCGGCACCGUCUCCGCCGAAGUGUGCGCUCAAAUCGAGCGUCGCCCAAACACCACUCUCAACGCUCAGCCGACGACGACUCCAUCACGUUAUCCGACGCUUUUUCUCUCGGUCAUCGUGAACGGUGCUGGAGCCGUCGAGCCGUGGAUUUAUGUGCACCUGGGGUGUCCACUCGGUUAUCUCGGGCAGCGGAUGAAGCAGGCCUCCUGUCUCCUAUGUGUCGUGGUCGCUGGAACUCAAACGCUGUAUUUUGGGAAUAUCUCUGGGAGGAUUGUCUGCGUGCAAAGUCUGUGACUGACGCUUAUGUCUCUGUAUUGUAUGUUCUGUAUUUUACUCUUCCUUGCAAUGAUAGCUGUGGUGCGUUUGAAGCCUA